AUGGAUAAGUCACAGCAACCCAGCUCUUUCCAGCAGCUGGAGAAGCUCGGUGAAGGCACCUAUGCCACAGUCUUCAAAGGACGCAAUCGCCAGACGGGCGAAAUGGUCGCCUUGAAGGAAAUCCACCUCGACUCCGAAGAGGGCACCCCUUCGACCGCUAUCCGCGAGAUUUCCUUGAUGAAGGAGCUUAAGCAUGAAAACAUUGUGUCCCUCUACGACGUUAUCCACACUGAGAAUAAGCUCAUGCUGGUUUUCGAGUUCAUGGACCGCGACUUGAAGAGAUACAUGGACACCCGGGGAGAUCGCGGUCAGCUUGACCCAGUCACCAUUAAGUCAUUCAUGCACCAGCUGCUCAAGGGCGUCGCCUUUUGCCAUGAAAACCGCGUGCUUCACCGUGACCUGAAGCCCCAGAACCUUUUGAUCAACAAGAAAGGGCAGCUGAAGCUCGGUGAUUUCGGACUGGCGCGUGCUUUCGGCAUCCCUGUCAAUACUUUUUCCAACGAGGUUGUCACGCUUUGGUACCGUGCUCCCGACGUCCUCCUGGGCAGCCGCACCUACAACACCAGCAUCGAUAUCUGGUCUGCUGGGUGCAUUAUGGCUGAGAUGUACACCGGCCGUCCGUUGUUCCCCGGCACAACCAACGAGGACCAGCUGGUUAAGAUCUUCCGGUUGAUGGGAACCCCAUCUGAGCGAUCAUGGCCUGGAAUCUCCCAGCUCCCUGAGUACAAGCCCACCUUCCACGUCUAUGCCACCCAGGAUCUGGGCCUGAUUAUCCCCCAAAUUGACCCCCUUGGUCUGGACAUCUUGAACCGCAUGCUGCAACUCCGUCCAGAGAUGCGUAUCAGUGCUGUUGACGCUCUGCAGCAUCCUUGGUUCCGCGAUAUGCCCCAGAUUAAUGCUCAGCUGCAGCAGCAGAAACAGCAGCAGCAGAUGGCCGGUGCUUAUGGAGGCAUGGUUCCUCCCCAGCAAUCUUACUAA